GCCAGUCUGGGCCUGUUGACUGUGUGUUCCUGUCUGAUGCGAUCUGUCCUGAUCUUUCUUUCUCUUCGUACAUGUGUAAAGGUCCGAUUUUGGUGUGAAUAGGCCUGAGUUUGCGCAAGACAGUGCUGUCAUAUUCAAGGAUACACUUCACCAGCCACAGGCCUACCUCAGCACCCUACCUCCCUACGAGGCUGACCUAGUCCGGCUCUCAAACCAUCCUCGAACCCUUGGCCACCAGUACUCCUCCGAGGUCACAAGUGCGGCAAGCCGCAUCAACCAGCUCACGAUGCCUUCCAACCCAUUUGCGACGUUCCUCAUCAUCUGCCCUGUAUCCUUCUUCCUGGGUAUCCUCUUCGCUCUCUUCCCUUACGACUAUCCGCUGCUCUGGUCCUCGCUACCGACACCGGCUGCACACUUCGACGCCAUCGAGACGCACUUGAAACUCUUACACAAUGCACCGAACCUGAUCCAGCGCAUCCUACACAUCAUGCUCACCGCGGGUCUUGUGGGAUUGGUCAUGAAACUGUACAAGCCCAGCGAGUCUAACAUGCUCUUCGAUGGUGGGAGUCUGGUGCUCUACAUGGUCGCGGUCAUCGUCUACAUCGCCAAUAUCGUCAAGGGUUUGCGCAUCGUCAGUGAGGGCACGUAUGGGAUGGGAAUGCAGAACCUGGAUCAAGAUCAACUGGACAAUGUGAAUGUGCAGGGGUACGACGUUGAUACGGGGGAUAGCGUCCUCGGCCGGGAGGACAAUCUCAAGGUUCUGGCUGCAAGCAACACAAUCCUGGCUCUAGUGCUGGUUGGUGUCCUGGUUCUGCAAAUCGGUCAAUGGUACGCAGAGCGUGUCGACGAGCGCGCUAUGAAGGAGUUCAAGGCCAAGGAAGAAUCGGAAAAGGAGAAGAAGGAAAGCGAAGGUCCCACAACUGCUAGUGUGAAGAGACAGAGCAGUGGGAAGGAAGGCAAGAAGACGAAAUGAAUGACUUGGCCGAGUGAGGCAAAGCUUCUGAGCUCCAGUGUUCUUCGAGACAUAGCUUCGAUGCCGGUUUCGCCAUCUGCAUACGAGAGCUAUCGCCUGUAUGACUGGAAGAUUGGAGCGUCCUGCUCGUUGAGUUCCUACUACAUGAAUGGGUGUCGAAAAAAAGUUACUAGAGGGCAUGCGCUUCCUGGACUUGAAGUUCCCCAGAGACAUAAAAAGCGCCGAUAUAAUGGCGCGUCCCUCAGUUCAUACGGAAUUAAUUGUCCCAAGUAAUAACGCAUUUCAACAAG